AUGACGGGGGGCGGCGGCGACGGCAAGGAGAAGGUGUCCGUCGCGAACGUCGCCCUCAACAUGUCGAACGCGAUCAUCGGCGCGGGCAUCGUCGGGUUGCCCUACGCGCUCAAGGAGGCCGGCUGCGGCCUGGGGCUGAUGCUGCUCGUGGCCAUGGCCUGGGUGACGAACUACUCCAUCGGGUGCCUCAUCGCGUCGGCGGCCCGCGUCCGCGCGACGAGCUACGACGCCCUCGCGCGCGACGCGCUCGGCGGCGCGGGCGAGAUCGCCGUCAUCUUCGGCCAGUUCGUCUUCGACUACGGCGCCGCGCUGUCCUACCUCAUCAUCCUCGGCGACACGUCGGAGUCCGUCGUCGAGUUCGCCCUGAAGCGCCACGCGCCCGGCUCCCGCGAGCUCUGCAUCGCCGUCGCGUCGCUCUUCAUGCUGCCGCUGUGCCUCUUGAGGGACAUCGCGAAGCUCGAGGCGUGCGCGUUCCUCUUGAUCGUGUCCGUGAGCGUCGUCACGGUCGUCAUCAUCGCGAAGCUGGCGCUGCGGAACUCGGCGCCGAGCGGCGCCCUCAGGUUCGCCAACGGGGGCGACCCGCUCGGCUGCUUCCAGGCGCUCGGCAUCUUCUCGUUCGCGUUCGUCUGCCAGGACUCCGUGUUCCUGUUCUACAACACGCUGCGGGACAACACGGUCGACCGCUUCAGACGCGUGUCGGCCCUGGCCCUGGGCGCGUCGGCGCUCUACACCGUCGUCAUCGCCGCGGCGGGCUUCGUCGCGUUCCGCGACGGCACGGAGGCGAACAUCCUCAACAACUACGACGUCCGCGACUACGCGGCCGUGGUCAUGCGCGUCUUCUACGCCGCGACGAUGAUGUGCACCUACCCGACCUGCGUCUUCGUCUGCCGCCAGGCGGGCCACGCGCUGCUCCGGAGCCGCGAGGCCUACGCGGGGCGCGACCCGGACGUCCUCGAGCGCGACGUCGCGGACGUGUCGUCGAAGCGGCACGCGGCCUACUCCGUGUCGCUCUGGCUCACGACGGUCGUGAUCUCGCUGCUGACGAAGAAGCUGGGCGUGGUCAUGUCGCUGACGGGCAACGUCGCCGGCUCGCUGCUCGGCUUCGUGCUCCCCGGGCUGAUCGCGCUGAAGGUGCUGGCGUUGGAUUCCAGGGCGUCGAUCAACGACGACGAAGACCUCGUCGAGGGGCUGCUCGAGUCGAGCGUCGCGGAGAAGCCGCCGAGCAAGUGGCCCUACGUCGGGCUCGUCGUCUUCGGCGGCUUCACGGGCGUGCUCGGCGUGGCGACGACCUUCACGAGCGCCUGA